AUGGUUCAUCUCAGUGCCAUUCACAAGGAGGGGGACGGCAAUGCCGCUAGCAUUACGGCAGACAAAGUUUCUCGGCUGGCAGACAAGGCCGGAAAGGCUCUGAAGCUCUCUUCAGAUGCGGAUCAAUUCACCACGAGCGUGUAUGGAUCUCGCUUUGCUGAGCAGGACUUGCCGAAGCUCACCAUGCCUGAGUGUUCCAUGCCCCGCGAAAUUGCUUACAGGAUGAUCAAGGACGACCUCAGCUUGGACAACAACCCCAAGCUCAACUUGGCUUCUUUUGUCACCACUUACAUGGAAGAUGAAGCUGAGAAGCUCAUGGCCGACUCUCUCUCCAAGAACUUUAUCGACUACGAGGAAUAUCCCCAGUCUGCUGACAUCCAAAACCGCUGUGUCAACAUGAUUGGCGAUUUGUUUCAUGCUCCGGGCGGCAGUGCUAUCGGCACCUCUUCGGUUGGUUCAUCCGAAGCCAUCAUGCUAGCAGUGUUGGCCAUGAAGCGUCGCUGGAAGAUUCGCCGCCAGGCCGAAGGCAAAAGCACCGAAAAUCCAAAUCUUAUCAUGUCGUCUGCUGUCCAAGUUUGCUGGGAGAAAGCCACACGUUAUUUCGAGAUUGAAGAAAAGUUCAUCAACUGUACGCCAACACGAUUCGUCAUUGACCCCGAAGAAAUGGUGGCCAAGUGUGAUGAAAACACAAUUGGCUGCGUUCUUAUCUUGGGCACUACUUAUACUGGCGACUACGAGGACGUCAAGGCUGUGAAUGACCUGUUAAUCGAGAAGAAUAUCAAUGUCCCCAUCCAUGUGGAUGCUGCAAGUGGCGGUUUCGUCGCGCCGUUUGUCGUGCCUGAUCUGGAAUGGGACUUUAGAUGCGAAAAGGUCGUUUCCAUCAACGUUUCUGGCCACAAGUAUGGUUUGGUCUAUCCCGGCGUCGGCUGGGCCAUUUGGCGAGCUCCCGAAUAUCUGCCUCAAGAUCUUGUUUUCAACAUUGACUAUCUUGGAGCCCAGCAAUCAUCUUUUACCCUCAACUUCUCCAAGGGGGCAUCUCAAGUCAUUGGCCAAUACUACCAGCUGAUCCGUCUCGGCAAGGUAGGCUAUCGGGACAUCAUGAGCAACUUGACCCGCACGGCCGAUUAUCUCAGUGACUCGCUCGAGAAGCUCGGGUUCGUCAUCAUGUCUAAGCGCUCCGGAGAGGGCCUUCCACUCGUCGCUUUCCGCUUCGCCGGUCCUCAGGAAGGCGGACGCGAAGAACGACACUAUGACGAAUUCGCGCUGGCUCACCACCUUCGAUCCCGUGGAUGGGUUGUCCCUGCCUACACCAUGGCGCCAAACACGAACAAGAUGAAGAUGCUUCGUGUGGUGGUUCGAGAGGAUUUCUCCCGUAGCAGGUGUGAUAUUCUCAUUUGCGAUAUUAAGCUCUGCCUGGGUAUGUUGGAAGAAAUGGAUCGCGAGACAGUCAAGCGACAGGAAGAGUACAUCAAGACACACUUGACGUCUUCUGGGCGGGCUCAGGAAUCGAUCCACCAAACUCCGCACUUCAAGGAGGAGGAACACUCCCUUCAGGGCAAGACUGGCAAGACGCAUGCCGCCUGUUAG